UUGUAGAAUGAUAGUAGCUGAGAAGAAAGCUAUUUUGGUAUAACAGGUAUAAAAAAACAUUGCUUAAGUAUUUUUAAAAUUUUAAUUAGGGAGGUAAUGAUAUAAUGUUUAACAAUAGCUUUUAAAAUAUCCACAUACCUAGUAUGUUUUAAAACAUACUUUCUGAGGAAGCAGCUAACUAGCAUAGUCAUAAGCAGAAUGGUAAUUUUUAUUAAUAUUUUGUUUGCCUUUAGUAGAAUAGUAAUAAUUCAAUUUAAAUAGAAUUGAGUAGUGAGCUCUGACACAAAGCGGAGCUUAAUGUUAUUUUAUUCAGAUGUCUCUGAAAUGAGUAUUUUACUGAGCAGAUUCGAAGGGCGGACGCUGCCUUUGCGGCCGGCGGGGCUCGGGCGCUGCCGCGCGGUGCAGGCGGCGGCGGGGCACGGGAAGCGCGUUUCCCCGCAGGAAUGCUGGGAUGGGCGUGCGCCCGCUGCGCUUCCCGUCUGCCCCGGGCCGGGCCGGGCCGGGAGCCCUGCGGCCUCCGGGCGUGCGGAUGGUGGUGGAAAAAUAAGAAACAAAAUGAAACCUUUCCAAAAGGUCUGCCUUUUCAAGAGCUUGCUUGCCAAUUGCUGCUGUCACAGCCAACUUGACAGCUGUCUUCUCCCUCCUGUUGUAAAGAAGAUAGGCUGCACGGUGGGACUACACAACCAUGGAUUUUGGAGGCCAAAGCCUUUAAUGGACACAUCUAGAUUCACUCUGUCUUUUAAGAGUUGGCACAGGAAAAACCACCAGGAUUCUCAAGCUUUGUGGAAGCAUGAGGCUGUGCAGAAGUAUCUGGAGUCUCUCAGCAAGGAAUACCAGCAGGUUAGUCAUCAGUUAAGUGCGCACUCAUUAAAUGACUUUGAGCAAAGAACCCUGAGGAGAAGAUGUGCCGAUCUGUCCCCCAUUGCAGCUGCAUUUCAAGAAAUCAAAGAGGCUGAAAGAGAAGUUCAGGAGUUAGAAGCGAUGUGCACAGAACUAGACAGCAGAGAUGAGAAACAACUUCUAGAGCUUGCCUUAGAAGAGAAGGAAAGCCUGGAUAAAAAAAUGAACAUGUUGUGCAGAAAGCUUUUCCAGCUUCUAGUGCCAAAGGAAAAAUAUGAUAGAAGUUCUGUCGUAUUAGAAGUGACAGCUGGCAGAACAACUGGAGGGGACAUCUGCCAACAGUUCACUAAAGAAAUGUUCGACAUGUACCAGAGCUAUGCUGACUACAAACGUUGGACCUUUGACAUCGUGAACUAUACACCAGCUGAGAUAGGAGGCUUGCAUCAUGCUGCUGCUCAUAUUUCAGGAGAGAAUGUCUACAGGCAUCUGAAAUAUGAAGGAGGGACUCACCGAGUCCAGCGAAUCCCUGAGACGGGUAUGUCAUCAAGAAUGCAGCGUAUUCACACUGGGACAAUGUCAGUCAUUGUCCUCCCUCAGCCAGAGGAGGUUGAUGUUAAAGUGGAUCCCAAAGAUUUGCGUAUAGAUACGUUCAGAGCCAAAGGAGCAGGAGAGCAACAUGUUAACAAAACUGAUAGUGCUGUGAGGAUUGUGCACCUUCCUACAGGACUGGCGGUUGAGUGCCAGCAGGAGCGGUCACAGCAGCUGAACAAGGAAAUAGCUCUGCGGACACUGAGAGCUAAGCUGUACCAGCAGCUCGUUGAAAAGCAGCUCAGUCAAGAGCAGAGUGCCAGGAAGCUGCAGUUGGGAACAAGAGCCCAGUCAGAGAGAAUUCGUACUUACAACUUCACCCAGGACAGAGUGACUGACCACAGGAUCUCAUAUGAUGCCCGCAAUAUUAAGGAAAUUCUAAGUGGGAAAGAAGCACUGGAUAAGCUCAUCAACAGACUAUUGGAGUUUGCAGAGAUAGAGGCUGUUACCCAGUAUCUAGAAAAUUUGCAGGCUUUAGAAGGAGGAGGCUGAAGACCUCAAGUAGAAUAAAAACUGAAUUGUUGUGUUCAGCAGCUGAAUAAAACAGAUGUGUUUCUUAGAUGAUUAAAA